GUCUCCGGGAGGCCUGCACAGGUUUCCGGGAAGCCAACCAAUGAUAUUCCCAACGCAAACUCAGUGGCGGCAUUUUCUACUGGAUAAAUUGGCUUUAGUCCCGCCUUCUCGUUGCAGAGUUUUGUGCGAAGGAAACCGAUGGGGAUCGGAACCGUAGCGGUUGAGCUGCCGCUGCUACGGAUAUCUGACCGAAGCCUUCGGUGGUUGUCGGCCUAAUGAGCGGACGGCAAAGAACGCUUUUUCAGACGUGGGGCUCAAGUAUCUCCCGAUCAUCUGGGGCUCCGGGUUGUAGCUCCGGAACUGAGCGACCUCAGAGCCCUGGCAGCUCCAAGGCGCCUUUGUCAGCAGCAGCGGAGGCUCAGCUGGAGUCGGACGAUGAUGUGUUGCUUGUCGCGGCGUACGAGGCUGAGCGGCAGUUGUGUCUAGAGAAUGGCGGGUUCUGCACCUCCGCGGGCGCCCUGUGGAUUUACCCUACCAAUUGCCCAGUGCGAGACUACCAGCUGCACAUCUCCCGAGCUGCUCUGUUCUGCAACACGCUGGUGUGUCUACCUACCGGACUGGGAAAGACCUUUAUUGCCGCCGUGGUCAUGUACAAUUUCUACCGCUGGUUCCCUUCAGGAAAGGUGGUCUUCAUGGCCCCAACGAAACCCUUGGUGACACAGCAGAUCGAGGCUUGCUACCAGGUGAUGGGUAUCCCGCAAUCCCACAUGGCGGAAAUGACAGGGUCUACACAAGCUUUCACCAGGAAGGAAAUAUGGUGCAGUAAGAGAGUCCUUUUUCUUACACCUCAGGUCAUGGUAAAUGACCUUUCCAGAGGAGCUUGUCCCGCUGCUGAAAUAAAGUGUUUAGUUAUUGAUGAAGCUCAUAAAGCUCUCGGAAACUAUGCCUAUUGCCAGGUUGUAAGAGAACUAGUCAAAUAUACAAAUCACUUUAGAAUCUUGGCUCUAAGUGCCACACCAGGUAGUGAUAUAAAGGCUGUGCAACAAGUUAUUACUAACCUGCUAAUUGGGCAGAUAGAGCUUCGUUCUGAAGAUUCUCCAGAUAUUUUGGCAUAUUCUUAUGAAAGAAAAAUUGAAAAGCUUAUUGUUCCACUUGGUGAAGAACUUGCAGCCAUCCAAAAGACCUAUAUCCAGUCUGAAGGGAUGACACGGUCAAAAAAUGAACUUGGCCGAAAUGAAGACUUCAUGAAGCUCUAUAAUCAUCUAGAGUGUAUGUUUGCACAUACACGUAGUACUUCAGCAGAUAGUGUUUCUGCUAUCCAACAAGGAGAUAAAAAUAAAAAAUUUGUUUAUAGUCAUCCAAAGUUAAAGAAAUUAGAAGAAGUUGUAAUUGAACACUUCAAGUCAUGGAAUGCUGAAAACACUUCUGAAAAGAAACGUGAUGAGACCCGAGUUAUGAUCUUCUCUUCAUUUCGAGAUAGUGUUCAAGAAAUUGCAGAAAUGCUUUCACAGCAUCAGCCAAUUAUUAGAGUAAUGACUUUUGUUGGCCAUGCCUCAGGGAAAAGCACGAAGGGUUUUACCCAGAAGGAGCAACUGGAGGUAGUGAAACAGUUUCGUGAUGGUGGUUACAACACGUUGGUUUCUACCUGUGUGGGUGAAGAAGGUUUGGAUAUAGGAGAAGUUGAUCUUAUAAUAUGUUUUGAUUCCCAGAAGAGCCCAAUUCGUCUUGUACAACGAAUGGGCAGAACUGGCCGUAAACGUCAAGGCAGGAUAGUUGUUAUCCUUUCUGAAGGACGAGAGGAACGUAUUUAUAAUCAGAGUCAGUCCAACAAAAGAAAUAUAUGUAAAGCUAUUUCAAGUAACAGGCAGGUCCUUCAUUUUUACCAAAGAAGUCCACGAAUGGUUCCUGAUGGAAUCAACCCAAAAUUACACAAAAUGUUCAUCACACAUGGUGUCUAUGAACCAGAGAAGCCUUCUCGGAACUUGCAGCGAAAGUCAUCUAUCUUUUCCUAUAGGGAUGGAAUGAGGCAAAGUAAACUAAAGAAAGAUUGGUUCUUAUCAGAAGAAGAAUUUAAAUUAUGGAACAGACUUUAUAGAUUAAGAGACAGUGAUGAAAUUAAAGAGAUAACAUUGCCUCAAAUUCAGUUUUCUUCUUUACAAAAUGAGGAAAACAAACCAACUCAAGAAUCAGCCACUGGAAUUCGUCAACUCUCUCUCUCUGAAUGGAGACUGUGGCAAGAUCAUCCUUUACCUACAUAUCAAGUUGAUCACUCAGAUCGAUGCCGCCAUUUUAUAGGCCUUAUGCAAAUGAUAGAGGGAAUGAGACACGAAGAGGGAGAAUGCAGCUAUAAAUUGGAAGUUGAAUCUUAUUUACAAAUGGAAGAUGUUAGCUCAACAUUUAUUGCUCCCAGGAAUGAAUCUAGUAAUCUUGCCAAUGACACCUUUAUCACUCACAAGAAAUCGUCAUUUAUAAAGAACAUAAAUCAAAGCAGUUCAUCCUCAGUGAUAGAAUCUGAUGAAGAAUGUGCUGAAAUUUUUAAACAAACUCAUAUCAAACCUACUAAAAUUGUUUCUUUAAAGAAAAAAGUGUCUAAAGAAAUAAAAAAAGAUCAGUUUAAAAAAGAAAAUAAUCACGGGAUUAUAGACUCUUUAGAUACUGACAGAAAUUCUACUGUUGAAAAUAUUUUUCAAGAGGACCUACCAAAUGAUAAAAGGACAUCAGAUACAGAUGAAGUUGCUGCCACAUGUACUAUUAAUGAAAAUGUUAUUAAAGAGCCACGUGUAUUAUUAACCGAGUGUCAGUUUACAAACAAAUCCACUAGUUCAUUUGCUGGAAAUGUUUUAGAUUCUGGUUAUAACAGUUUCAGUGAUGAAAAAUCUGUUUCAUCUAACUUAUUUCUUCCAUUCGAAGAAGAGCUUUAUAUUGUUAGAACAGAUGAUCAAUUUUAUAAUUGUCACUCAUUGACAAAAGAGGUACUAGCUAAUGUAGAGAGAUUUUUAUCUCAUUCUCCUCCGCCUCUCAGUGGACUCUCAAACUUGGAAUAUGAAAUUGCUAAGGGUACUGCACUUGAGAAUUUGCUUUUCUUACCCUGUACAGAGCAUUUACAAAGGGAUAAAUGCACCUGUUUGAUGUCACAUUCAGCUGUGAAUUCUCAGCAGAAUUUAGAAUUGAAUUCACUUAAAUGUAUAAAUUAUCCGUCUGAAAAAAGUUGUCUUUAUGAUAUACCUAAUGAUAAUAUUUCUGAUGAGCCAAGCCGCUGUGACUGUGAUGUAUAUAAACAUAAUCAAAAUGAAAAUUUAGUACCUUACAAUCGUGUUCAAAUACACAGAGGCCCUGCACAGAGUUUAGUUGGAGAGAACAAUCAUGAUGUUGAUAACAGUGACCUCCCAGUAUUGUCCGCUGAUCAAGAUGAAAGUUUACUAUUAUUUGAAGAUGUUAAUACAGAAUUUGAUGAUGUAAGUCUUGCACCCUUGAACAGUAAAAGCAAAUCUUUACGUGUGUCAGACAAAACUGCUAUUAGUGAAAUACCUCUGGUCUCUCAGUUCUUAAUUUCUGAUGAACUUUUGUUGGACAAUAAUUCUGAACCCCAAGAUCAAAUCACCCGUGAUGAUAAUAGUUUUAAAUCUCAUGAUGAUCUGAGAAGUGUACGGGAAGAAAAAAUGAAGAAUCAUGAGGAUAUUUUUGAUUGCUCUGUGGAUUUAUUUUCUGUUACCUUUGAUUUAGGAUUCUGUAGUCCAGAUUCUGAUGAUGAAAUAUUGGAACAUACAUCAGAUAGCAGUAGACCUCUAGAUAAUCUAUAUGGAAGGUAUUUGGAAACUAAGGAGAUAAAUGAUGCAAAUUAUGUUUCAAAUCAAGCACUAAUACCAAGAGAUCAUAGCAAAAAUUUUACUAGCGGAACCGUUAUUAUCCCGUCAAAUGAAGAUAUGCAGAAUCCAAAUUGUGUACAUUUGCCACUGAGUGCAGCAAAAAAUGAAGAAUUGUUAUCUCCUGGUUAUUCUCAGUUUUCUUUACCAGUGCAAGAAAAAGUUAUGAGUAUACCACUCUCUGAAUCAAACACAUUAAACUCAUUUUCUAAGAUAGGAAAGGAAAUACUUAAGACACCAGAUUCUAAUAAGGGAAAAAUGAAUCUACAAAGAUUCAAAGAAGCAUUGAAUUCAACUUUUGAUUAUUCAGAAUUUUCUCUAGAAAAGUCUAAAAGCAGUGGUCAAAUGUAUCUGCAUAAAUCCUGUCAUUCUCUUCAAGAUGGACAAUUAUUAACAAGUAAUGAAAGUGAAGAUGAUGAGAUUUUCCGAAGAAAAGUUAAAAAAGCAAAAGGAAAUGUUUUAAACUCUCCUGAGGAUCAGAAAAAUAGUGAAGUUGAUUCUCCACUUCAUGCUGUCAAAAAGCGCAGAUUUCCUAUAAACAGAUCAGAACUGUCAUCUAGUGAUGAGAGUGAGAAUUUUUCCAAACCAUGUUCACAAUUGGAAGACUUCAGGGUUUGUAACAGGAAUGCCAGAAGAGGCAUCAGAGUCCGAAAGAGACAGAGUCACUUAAAGCAUGUAGCUAGGAAGUUUUUAGAUGAUGAAGCAGAACUUUCUGAAGAAGAUGCAGAAUAUGUUUCAUCAGAUGAAAAUGAUGAGUCAGAAAAUGAAGAAGAUUCCUCAUUACUUGACUUUUUAAAUGAUGAAACUCAACUUUCACAGGCUAUAAAUGAUGCUGAAAUGAGAGCUGUUUACAUGAAAUCUUUGCGUAGUCCGAUGAUGAACAAUAAGUACAAAAUGAUUCAUAAGACACAUAAAAACAUAAACAUUUUCUCACAGAUUCCUGAACAAGAUGAAACCUAUUUAGAGGAUAGUUUUUGUGUUGAUGAGGAGGAGUCUUGCAAAGGCCAAUCAAGUGAAGAAGAAGUUUGUGUUGAUUUUAACUUAAUAACUGAUGAUUGCUUUGCAAGUAGCAGUAAAAAGUAUAAAACCCGACGUGCAGUAAUGCUAAAACAAAUGAGGGAACAAAACUGUGCACAUUCAAAAAAGAAAUUAUCCAGAAUUAUUUUACCAGAUGAUUCAAGUGAGGAGGAGAACAAUGUAAAUGAUAAAAGAGAAUCUAAUAUUGCAGUUAAGCCAAGCACUGUUAAGAAGAACAAACAACAGGACUGUUGUUUAAAUUCAGUGCCUUCUGGAUCUUCUCUGCAGUCCAAGAUGCAUUCUAAUCCAGUAGUUAAUCAAUCACCAAAGCAGAGCAAACCGACAUCACUUAAUUUAAAGGAUACAAUUUCUGAAGUCUCAGACUUCAAACCUCAAAAUCAUAAUAAAGUCCAGUCUACGACACCACCCUUCACUACUGUUGAUUCACAGAAAGACUGUAGAAAAUUUCCAGUUCCACAGAAGGAUGGUAGUGCUUUGGAGGAUUCUUGCGCUUCAGGGGCAUCCUCUUCCAAUUCAAGACCACAUUUAGCUGGGACACAUACUUCUCUUAGACUUCCACAGGAAGGAAAAGAAACCUGUAUUCUUGUAGGCGGUCAUGAAAUAACUUCUGGAUUAGAAGUAAUUUCUUCCCUAAGAGCAAUUCAUGGGUUGCAAGUAGAAGUUUGUCCUCUUAAUGGCUGUGAUUACAUCGUGAGUAACCGCAUGGUGGUGGAAAGGAGGUCUCAGUCUGAGAUGUUAAAUAGUAUCAAUAAGAACAAGCUCAUUGAGCAGAUCCAGCACCUGCAGAGUAUGUUUGAAAGAAUAUGUGUGAUUGUGGAAAAGGACAGAGAAAAAACAGGAGACGCAUCAAGGAUGUUUAGGAGAACAAAAAGCUAUGACAGCCUGCUGACUACCUUAAUUGGCGCUGGAAUCCGAAUUCUUUUCAGUUCCUGCCAAGAAGAAACUGCAGAUUUGCUAAAGGAACUGUCUUUAGUGGAACAAAGAAAGAAUGUUGGUAUUCAUGUUCCAACAGUGGUGAAUAGUAGUAAAAGUGAGGCACUCCAGUUUUAUUUAAGUAUUCCUAAUAUAAGUUAUAUAACUGCAUUAAAUAUGUGUCACCAGUUUUCAUCUGUGAAAAGGAUGGCUAACAGCACACCUCAAGAAAUCUCCAUGUAUGCACAAGUAACUCAUCAGAAGGCUGAGGAGAUCUAUAGAUAUAUUCACUAUGUAUUUGACAUACAAAUGUUACCAAAUGAUCUUAACCAAGAUAGACUGAAAUCUGAUGCAUAAUCAAGCUGCUCAAGAUGGGGUUUUCAAAGAACUCUCACAAUAUUAAACGCACUUCAAUAAUCGUUGUUUUCUGAUUAUGUUUAUUUGUAAAUAGAAUAUUUCCUUAAAUAUAUUUUAUAUUGUAUAUAUUUUUAUUUAUAUAGAUUAUAUAAAUUAUUAAAAAACAAAAAUCUGAUGUUUGCUGAUCAUUUUGACUAGAUUAUGAAACUAAUUUUUUUUAUUAAAAGAAGGUUUAUUAAAAGUGUUACUAAGGAUAGUUUAAGAAAGUAAAAGCUAAGCUAGAGAUAUACUUUGGAAUGUUUCCCAAGGUUAAAGUUGUACUGUUGUGAUAAAUAGUAAAGUCGAUAUGUC